CGGAGGAGGCGGACGUAGGUAGAGAAGAGUGAAGAUAGAGAAGAGGCUUGGUUGAGGGCCAUUGUUGCUGAAUUGGUUUAUUACUUGUUUACCUUGAUUGCCGGUGACACAUUGAUUCAUUCUACGUCUUUCGUUCGAAAUAAACUGCCCUCGUCGCUGGGGCCGAAGAUACAAACAUGUCGCAAACCGUCGGAAGAACCCGUCUUGCCUACUCUCGCGCCUGGCACCAUGUCGACGUCGGUUCCGACCCCCGCUCCCUCGGCCGCGUCGCCUCCUCCAUCGCCCUCUUCCUAAUGGGCAAGCACAAGCCCAUCUUCGACCCGUCGACGGACUGCGGCGACUACGUCGUUGCGGUUGGCUGCCAUGACCUGCGGACAACGGGGAAGAAGCGGUUCCAGAAGCUGUACUAUACACAUAACACCCGGCCCGGUAGUCUGAAGAGCAUGACUAUGGACAAGAUGAUUGAGAAAUGGGGUGGUGGGGAGGUUUUGCGAAGGGCGGUUAAGGGGAUGUUGCCGAAGAAUCGGUUACAGUCGAAGAGGUUGGCACGGUUGAAGACCUUCGAGGGUGUUCAUCAUCCGUACAAGGAGAACAUCAUCAAGUACGGCAACGAGUCGGUUAUUGGAGGCUUGCCUGAAGUUCAGCAUGCUUUCAAGGCUGAGGCCGCCAAGGAGGCGUCGUCGUGA